GGAAUCCCAAUCAUAUCAAUAUGAAAUAAAUGCAACGCGUGGAACCUUUUAAUCCUAUCGAUUCCGUGACACGCGUUGCUCGCUGCGAGGGAAAUUCGUGUGUGUGUUUGGGUUUGGGAUUUACAGCGGCGAUAUUGGGGCUCUCAAUAUCAACUUCAAUUUCAACUUCAACUUCAACAUCGAGGUCGAAAUCGAAACCAAGAUAAGGAUCAAAGCACACAUCAACAUAUCUCGGAUAUCGAAAGGAAAAUUCUCUAGUUAUCACGAGAAGAUCAUAGAGAUAGGUGCAGAUAAACAACAUAAAGGUGAUUUUCACUGAUCUCCAGAUCUGAGUUUGGAUUUGAAUUUACACUCACACUCACCCCUACAUCGGCGCCAGAAUCGAAGAAGAACGAAAGAAAGAAAGAAAGGAAAUCUUCAUGAACGCGCUUCUUUGUUGAGAAGGGAAGGCGCAUAAAUUGUGCUUUGGGGGAGGAGAUACUUCCAGGUUGAAUAUCGCGCAGAGCUCGCUUUUUUACAUUUGAAAUAUUUUUUCUCUUCCUUUUUCGAGAGCAGCUUUCACGAGGAGAAGGAGAAGGAAAAUUGAUGGAUGCAACGGAAGAAGAGGUUGCUAGACAAUUGUGGAAGGAACAGUUGGCGCAGGGCGAGAGGUUGGGAGGUGUGGAUAUGCAGGAGAGGGAGAUGGGAAGUGCGAGUAUGGGUGUGGGGGUGGAUGCGGAGAGUAGAGGGAUUGGUGGGUUGAAUUUGGGUGGGGGGGAUGAGAGGGGAAAGGGAAAGGGGAGGGAGAUGGGGAGGGUGGGGGAAGGUGGUAGUGAGGGUGGGUUCGCGGGAUAUGCGAAUGCUGGGUUGGGGAAUGGAAGCGGUAGUGCUUUUGGGGUAGGGAGUGGAACUGCGCAAUUUGGGGGGAGAGAAUCGGGACUUGAGGAGAAUGAAGUGGUUUUAGAAGGGCCGCUUUUGGCGUUGAGAGAAGCUCUAGCUGAAGGACGAUUCUCAGACUUGACCAUCUUUCAUGGUGUACGAGUAUGGAAUGCGCAUAAAGUGGUUGUAUGUUCCCAAUCGCCGGUUUUGGAGAGUAUGAUUGAUAAUACUGGAGUUGGCAAUAUGUUCGGUACCCCCACUAAGCCUAGCAUCCUCAACCUCUCCUCCUUCCCACUCGACUCCGUCAUUGCAUUACUAGAAUACCUCUACACGUCCGCCUACUCGAUUCCCUCUCCCCCACCCAAUACCUCACCCUCUUCAUCCACCUACCUCUCCGGCCCUACCUACUCUCUCCCUCUGCAUGAACAAAUCUUCUACCUCGCUUCACACCUCCAAAUCCCGGCGCUGGAAACGCUCGCCGCGGUAUCGUUCCGUCAUACGCUGCACACGCAAAUCUCGGACCUGGAUAUUUACUUCGAUUGUGUCAAGCGGAUCUAUGGGAAAACGACAGCAAAGAAUCCAGGCUUGAGAAAUGCUUUGGUAGAAGCUGCAGUGCAGGAACUAGAGGGAUUGCUGGAGAACGAAGAGGUAAAGGGGAAAUUAUGGCGGGUCAUGAGUGAGAAUGGUGAGUUCUGGGAAGAUGUAAUUAGGACGUUGGGAAGCAGGACGGAAGUUAGGGUCAGAGAGGUAAUUAGAGAAGUGAGAGUUCCGGUGGAGGUGGAAAAGAUUGUAGAAAAGAUUGUCGAGCGGGACGUCCUAGCAGAAGCGAAGGAAGAGGGCGAGGCAGAUAAAGAGUGGACUCUAUGUCCAGAUUGUGGACCUAGAGAUGAAGGAGAAGAGUAUGAGUUUAGGUGUACUUGUAGAGAAUGUGGGGUGGAGAGAAUAUUGAGCUUUUCUUAGAUGCGCACGCAUGUAUUUGCAUGUUACGGGGACAUUGAGAAUGAUGAAUGUAAUAUUUGGGGAGGGACACAAAGGGGCGGGGCAGAGAGGCAGGGCAGAAGGCAUACGAAUGAGUACACUAGCACCAGCACCAGCACGAUCCACGAAUGUAUGAGAUAGCAAUGAAUACAACCA